UUAUUUUGUCUUUUUGGAAACUAGAUAACUCUUGGUUAAGUUUGCAUGGGCAAGAGCAGCUUGGACACGAUGUGAACCCCACAGUCUAAAAUUGUCACAUCAUUUCCAUAUCCCCCUUAAUUGUGGCCUAAAUGUGUUUGAUAUUUUCCUUAUUUUCAAAGACUGACAUAAAUAGAUCAGAGAAUAUCAAAUCUGUUUUGUGAUAUGUUUUUGUAUAAAGUUUUAUAUACAAGUAUAUGAGACCCGAAAUCUCUGGGUAGAAGUUUGAAGAGAGUCAUCUUAGAAAUGGUAACAUAUAAAAGGCCGUACCCUGCCCUGAUCUCUCUAGCAACAACCACAUAAUGAAUGAUCUCUCUCUCUCUUUCUCUCUCACUCCACCCCUCUUCAGUGUUGUAUAAGUAGAGUUGUCAUCUUCCUCUUCAUAAUUUCUCUUCAGAUUCCUCCACAGGAUUUGACUCCUGAUCUCUGAGGAUGGAUAACGCCACAUACAGCUACGUGAAUGACUGCACUCCGCUCACUAACUGUAAGGCUGGCCGUAAGGCGGGGGGCUCGACCGUGGUCAACAUGGGCCACGCAGGCAAGAAACCACCGAACGAUUAUCUGAUCUGGUCUCUCUGUAACACUCUUUAUGUCAACUUCUGCUGCCUGGGGUUCAUGGCUCUCAUCUACUCCAUCAAGGCCCGAGAUCAGAAAACCCUGGGCGACAUGCGGGCAGCGCAGGAAUGCUCAGACAAGGCGAAGUGGUACAACAUUUUGGCAUCGGGCUGGAAUCUCCUGAUUCCUCUGUUGUUUCUGGGAAUGCUGGUCCUGCUCAUUGUUCAUCUGGGCAGCUCACAGGGAUCGUUUGAUUUCUUCGGUGAAGAUGGAUUUCAGAGCUUCAUGAACCUGUUCAGCAGGUAGACAGAUGACACAAGGAAUCACAAGAUAAAAACUCAACCUUCAGGACUGUAUACUCCUACACCUCUCUGACAACGUCUUGGUUUCUUUAGCUAUACCGUGAAUUAUUAUUAUUAUUAUUAUUAUUUAGAUUAUUUUAUUCAUUAUAAAUGUCAGUAUACUAUGUUAACUGAUAUCUACUUUGUUUCUAUUUUAUACAGCAAAUUGGUAUAACAGUAUUUAAUAAAAUAUUUAAUGUCCUCCAUAUUA